AGGCAAGAGAGCGGCCUUCUCCAUUGUAUGCCGGAUGAGAGAUGGAAAGUUAUAUAAACUCGAUAUGAAGUUGGUGUUCAGGAAAUUGUCUUGCUCAUCAGCUUCCUGCCUUCACGAGUAGUUCAAUCUUGGGGUUAUCACUUUCAUAUCAUCUAAGAGUCUUUCUUUCCUGCAAUUUUUUUGCUUCAAUUAUCUUGAAGCACUCACGCUACGUCUCAAGAUGCAUACACUCAACCAGAAGAACUUAUUGGCCCAAAGGCUGUCAGGUCAGAAACUUGUUGUCCCUGAUAUGCGGCCCAUCAUGUCACAUUGGCCCUGCGGACAACAUGAUGACUACAAGGUCGUUAAAGGUGCAGUUGAAAAGCGGUUAGCCAUCUUCGCAAAUGAAAAACAUCAAAAGGCUCUUUCUGAUGCUGAUCCCGCUCUUCUGGCUGCCAGAUGGUGGCCCACUACAUCAAUAAGAUCAUACAGUGUCAUGACAGACUUGGUGAUUUGGUUCGGUUUGUGGGAUGACGUGAUCGAGAGAUUGACCGACACCACUGCCGCCGAAAGUCUCCGGGUCUCAACUAAGAAGUUCAUCCGCAAUGCAUUGAGCCCUACUGAGGGUAGCAGCACUAUUGUAACAUCAAACCCCUUGAUACAGAGCUUCCAGCCCAUCGCGGAUGAAGCUCGUACAUUCUAUAACGAAGACCAGCUUAAGAUUCUUAUCGGGCAUUUCUGCCGGUAUAUUGAUGCCACAAGGCUGGAAGCCGAGGCUGAGCUAAGCAGCGAAAUCCCGGAUCUGAAAGAGUACUGGGAAGUAAGAAUUCUGACCAGCGGAAUGGGGACUUUGCUUGGUCUCUCCGAAUACUCGCUGCAAGUACAGCUUCCACCUAGCUUCGUGCAGUCGGAGGCCUAUGGCACACUAUGGGUCACCACGGUCGUGAUCAACUCAAUUAUAAACGAUCUUAUAUCUUUGAAGAAAGAGAUGAAGGCACAGAGCGUUGUUAAUUCCGUCGCUAUCCUCUUCCACCAGUACAACGACCUCGAUAUCGCUGUACAGAUGUCACUAGACCACACCAGACAACUAGUAGAUCUCUUCGACCGCACGGCUACUGAGGUCCUCUCCUCGAGCGAUAGCUUCAACGCUGAGGAGCUGGACGCGAUACGUCAGAUCAUAGACUUGAUGCGAACAGUCAACACUGGGAAUCUUGAGUGGAGUUUACAAGCUCAGCGAUAUGGGGUGGCUCAACACAUUACAGAGAGCGGAGCGAUUGAAGUUGUUUUAUAAUUGAUUGAUGAGUGUUGAACGAAACAGCUAUAAGAUGGCACUGGUAUUGAAAGCGGAAUGUCUGACGUUGAAUAUUUUUCGUACAUAUUGAGGGCUGGCGUUGCUUGGUUUGGGCUGGACCCGGAGCGGAGGGUCCUUCACUUGGACUUUGAUGAGUUCUGCUUACGCCAAUAGCAUAAUAGAUUUUAGAGUUUAUAUUAUACAUCAAUAGACAUACAUGCAAGUCAA